AUGGCGGAGGCUGAAGGUUUGUAUCCGACACUUGUCGCUAACUCCGUCUUAAAUGCUUUCUUGUCUUACACCGCCACCGUGUUGAACAUUAUAACAAUACAAGCACUCAAAAAAGCUUCGUCGCUGGCAAGGCCUUUGAAAACACUGCUCCUUAGUCUGGCUGCCUCGGAUCUUGGUGUUGGCUGUCUUGUUCAACCAAUUUAUAUUGCAGUACUUGUGACGCUCAUAACUGAACCAAACACUGGCAGUGGGUCUCAUGUUAUAUCCUCCUUAAUAAUAGCGUUCGUCGCCAUCUCUAAUUUAUUAGGCUCCGUUUCGUUCUUCGGUGUUUUCGCUUUAACCGUCGACAGAUUCUUGGCUAUUCAUCUUCAUCUCAGAUACCAGGCACUUGUCACUCACAAGCGUGUUGUUGCUGUGGUAACAUUGAUAUGGGUGUUUAGUGCAGCUUAUUUCUUCCUGUUUUUCAUUUCGAUAAACGUUCGUGUCAUUUUUUCCGCAACUACUGGAGCUUUAAGUUUUGCAACUACAGGAUUGCUUUAUUGUAAGAUAUAUGCAGCCGUAAGACAACACAGAAAUCAAAUAAACGCACUGCAAGUACAGCAAGUAGUGCAAAACGGAGAUAUGGCAAACGCAGCACGGCAGAGAAAAACUGCAGUUGCUACAUUCUACGUUUAUAUUGUGUUUUUAGUUUGCUAUUUGCCAUUUUGGUUUGUUUUCCCUGGUAUAAUUCUAUACUAUGAAUCUGUCUUAUGGAAGCACUUAUUGUGUUACUCUUUGACACUGGCGUUUCUCAAUUCAUCCCUGAAUCCUCUGAUCUACUGCUGUAAAAUGAGACGCGUUCGCCGCGCUGUUAUGGACAUACUUCGAAAUAGUCUUUCACGAUGUCUUCACUAAUGGGAAGCAGGUGCAUAAAGCACUUACACACUUAAGCUGGGAAUCACCCCGCGUCAUCCCAACAAAAUCUUUCCACACUGCCUGAUCGAGCAUGGCAUCUCUUGUUUCUUUAGUAUUGUCCAGUCCAGUGUCAGCCUUGGUGGUGUCAAUGUAUGUAGUUCUUGGUCUACCUCCAUUUUGGUAGCCUGGGAACAAAGACGUACUUCCGGUUGUCGCUUUUCUCCCCUUUUUGAUGAUGUGCGCAGCGAACGAUUUAUGGACUUUGUAUUGUUCUUUAACCUCAAAUAUAGGUAUGAAAAUCUAAUUCAAAGUCACUUACGGCAGCGAGAGGCUUUAUCGUUGUCUCCCUUGUGUGAAAAUAAUAAUAAUAAUAAAAUAAUAAUAAUAGUAAUAAUAAUAACACUAUUAUCAUCAUCAUUAUUAAACAUAUAUUGCGCAUGUACCAUACAAAUAUAUUCAUAGGCGCAUUGAAAACAAAUAAGAUGUGUUAGUUAGAAUAAGAUAAGAAUAACAUAAAAGAGCACUUUGUGAGAGCUCUUUUAGAAAAUGUAAGAAUCUGAAUGUUUCUGAUCUCCACCCUAAGAUUGUUCCAAAGCUUAGGAGCUGCUGACUGAAACACUCGGUCGCCACCCGUCGGCCGGUCGCCACCCAACAGGGUCGCAUCCCGUUGACCUAAAAUCAGUAUAUCUUGACUGUGCUGCGACAGCAAGAAGAUCAACCAGAUAUCAUAUUAAUGAGUCGCAGGACAAAACAACAUACACCUCAUUGGAUAUUCGUGAAUGGGUAAUUUAACUGAAGGACACUUGAAAAGAACUAGUUAGUAUUUCAUGAUUUCUGCGAUUUUUGAGCAACGGAGGAGACGAUGUUUUAAACUGAAACAUAGCUCUAAACGAUCGCUCGAUUAGUCGUCAGUCGUGGAGGAUAGCGAGUUUUUAUUGUAGGCGAGUCUAUGCUUUUGCCAUAAUUUUUCAAUAAGAAUAUUUAACAACUAAAUAACUAGCUAAAUAAUAAUAAUGAAAAAAUCCUUGAACCCCCAAAAAAAAAAAAAAAAAAAAAAAAAGAUAAAGAAAGGAAAAGGAAAUUUUUUCCGCGAUUCUUAACUACUUUUGGCUAUUUGCUAUUUUGUUCACUAAACACCUCUUUGCGCUCAAUAAAUUUUCUUGGACUUUAUGGCACUAGAUUUUCAUAAUGACACCUUUAAUAAAUUGCUUAGCACCAAUUAGUUUGAAGCAAUUUUUGUCGGUUUUUAAGUCUUUUUUAAGUUUUUAAGUCCAAGUCAAUAUUGCGGUUUUGUUUUCAAACGUUUUUUCGAUUAUAGGACUUUAUAAUAGGUAGUUUUGUAUCCGCUUGCCUGAGUUUUAGAAAAUCUGCAGAGCAACGGUUUAUUUUUUUAGCUUUUCGUCUGACACUUGUCAUAUCCUCGAUAACUCCAAUUGCGUCAGUACACUACCUUUUAAUAAGUUUGAACGUUUGGAAGCUUAUUAAUUAUUAAGCUCAAUCGACUAUUCUUAUCAAAAGAAAGUUAUACCUAAAUUUGAAUGUGUUACAUAGUGGCUACAUUAAUUUUUUUGGAAGUUUUACGAUGAGGGAAUUCUUGGGGUUCAAAACACUUUAUAUUUAAGAUUGUCUAGGCGGUGGACAAUUGCAAGCCUGAUUAGGUAUGAAAGUGGACAAGGUCGCUUGGUCAUUCAAUAAUUUAAGGAAGAAUUUGAAUCACAUUCUGAACUUCUCGGGAGACACAGAUCAGGUAACUUGGCAAAGGGAAGAGCGUCUGCCUGUCAAAAGACUCUAACAGUUCUUUAAAGGAACAGUCUAUACAACGACAGAACCUAAAGACGCCUUUUCAACAUCCUACAGAAUGGCAGGAACUGGAGACUUUUAUUCAACGCUAGUCGCCAACUGCUUCUUCAACGCUUUCUUGCUUUUCACAGCCUUGGUUUUAAACAUCAUAACAAUACAAGCCCUAAGAAAAAUAUCAUCGUUUCCAAAACCUUUAAAAACAUUACUCCUAAGUCUCGCUGUUUCUGAUCUUGGUGUUGGUUUGCUUGUCCAUCCUGUCUAUAUUUUGCUUCUCGUAAUGAACAUAGAACAGAACACUAACAAUAGAAUUUUUAUUAUGGUAUACAAAGCAUACCUUAUUUCUAGUCAUUUAUUGUGUACUGCUUCAUUCUUGAGCAUUAUUGCUUUAACUGUCGACAGAUUCUUAGCUAUUCAUCUUCAUCUCAGAUACCAGGAAUUUGUGACUCACAAGCGCGUUGUUGCUGUAGUAAUUUCAGUCUGGGUGUGGUGUUCAUGUAUUUCCUUGUUUGUGUUGAACAGUGUUUUAGAAAACGUUCUGGCCAUUAUAACUGUAACUAUUGGGACAGUUUGUCUCACUACAACGGGAUUCAUUUACUGCAAGAUAUACUCAAUCGUACGUCACCACAAAAAUCAGAUUCACGCUCUGCAAUUGCAACCCGUAGGAUAG